ACAACCAGACAACAACAAUAACCCUCUGCUGUCCCCUUCGUCCCUGCACUGUCGCAGCCCUGUCCCGCUCCUGUCCACGCGCAGGUCCAUGUUCUCUGCGGUGCUCGUGGCCGCUGUCGUGGGCGGUGGGGUUCUGGUUCUCCUCCGCCGGCUCUUUCCUCAGCAGAAGCCCGCAGAGCUGCUCCACUUCCCCGCCGGGACCAUGCGGGGCAAGACUGUGAUCAUCACCGGGGCCAACAGCGGCAUCGGGAAGGCCCUGGCCGGGGAACUGCUCAAGCUGCAGGCGCGGGUCAUCAUGGCGUGUCGGGACCAGGCCAGGGCGGAGGAGGCGGCCCGGGAGCUGAGGAGCCAGGCCGGGCAGGAGCAGGGGGAGCUGGUCAUCAAGCUCCUGGACCUGGCCUCGCUGCGGUCAGUCCGGAGCUUCUGUGAGGAGAUCACUAAGGAGGAACCCAAAAUCGACGUCCUGGUGAACAACGCAGGCCUGUACCAGUGCCCCUACACUAAGACAGAGGACGGCUUCGAGAUGCAGUUCGGCGUCAACCAUCUGGGCCACUUCCUCCUCACCCACCUCCUGCUGGACCUGCUUAAGAUGUCCGCCCCCAGCCGCAUUGUGGUCGUGUCCUCCAAGCUCUACAAAUAUGGUUCCAUUAACUUUGAGGAUCUCAACAGCGAGAACAAAUAUGACAAGGCAUUCUGCUACAGUCAAAGCAAGCUCGCCAACUUGCUUUUCACGCUAGAGCUAGCUAAAAAACUGGAAGGGAGCGGGGUGACAGUUAACGCUCUAACUCCUGGGAUAGUGAGGACCAAUCUGGGCAGGCACGUAGCAAUCCCAUUUUUGGCGAAACCACUUUUCAACCUGGCGUCCAUGGCGUUCUUCAAGAGUCCACUAGAGGGAGCACAGACGCCAUUGUACCUGGCUAGCUCACCGGAGGUUGAGGGCGUGUCAGGGAAGUGCUUUGCUAAUUGUAAAGAGGAGGAGCUAAUGCCAGCGGCUAAGGACCAGCAGGUGGCUAAAAGGUUGUGGGAGGUUAGCUGUCAGAUGGUGGGAAUAGAAGAAUGAAGGAGGACAUUUUGGAGGAAAUUUUUGGACUGUUGCCUGGGGGAUUGUUGGACUGAAAAGAUGGACUGGUUUUGGGACACUAGAGGGAAUCCGUGGAGGAGCCUCGGGAUAGUGUAAUUUGCAGUGCCGAUCAAGUGAUUCAUUAAACUUGAAGUGAUUUUAUGACAAAAGUUUCAAAUUGUGACUUUUGUAGGGAGGAGUGGGGUCUGGAGGA